UGCCCCUUCGCGCCCGUCGACGUCCGCCAAGGCGACGUCCUGCGGCACAUGGAAACACACCGCCUCAAGGAUAAGUGGGUCUGCUGCGGGACAUACCUUGAAGACGCGCUGCAGCAGGGCAUCGUGCCGCGCAUCAGUGAAAUCCGCGUGUACAAGGGUCGGCAGAUGGUCGGCGGGUGUUUCAAGGCGUUCAGCCGGCGUGAUUCUCUGAAGCGGCAUUUGGAGAACGGGAGGAUUGGGUGCUUGGGGGAUAUUGUGCUU